AUGACGAAACGCUCACUAAGCCCUGACCCAGUGUCCACGACACGUCGCAUCAAGCCCAUCUCCAUCGAAGAGAGACCGUUCAGAAUCAUUAAUCUUAAUGACGGUGACCUCGUACACCAAACCUGUGUUGCGGUCCAUGGCGAGUGCCAGGAUUUUGACUAUGCUGCGGAUACCAAUUGCGUGUCUGUCUCGUCUUCUAACAUGCUGAACCAGACACAGACAGUCAAUCACUGGCCGUUGCACCAAGGCCAAUGGAAGGCGCUUGUGAUGCUUACACCGGGGACCAAUACCCUCGUCUUCAAGCUACAUCACGCCGGGGGUAUUUCCGCUUCCUUGCAGAUCACAGUAACCUAUAUUCCUCUGCUACAACUGCCUCCUCUCCAUCUCGCGGUGCUUGUGGCGAAGGAUUCACCGCUGCUCAUCGAUUGCCCACCAGGCAAAUAUGGAGGCAUCUCAACUGCCCACAGCGCCAUCGACGCCGCCAUCGCUAAACUGCGGAUGUCAGCAUACAUGUGGCAGGCUCUCACAGCAGAGGACUUCCGUCAAAAGGGAUUGGGUAGACGUUCAUUUCGCCUGGAGGAGGAGUGGUCCGCCAACACAACCAUGCAAACGGGGCAUCAAGUGACCCCUGGCACUAGUAGGCAUAUGGGGGCUGUUCCAAAAGUCCACAUUAUCCGGUCGGAUAAGACGGUCGCAGAGCUCAGGGAUGCCAAUGUUGCCCAGCAGAAUCCUCGAGGGCGGGAUCGGGACGCCUUGCAUCGGUACUUCGAGGCAGCCCUUGCUAAGUCAGGGCCGCCGUUCGAGUCAAGCUGCCGUCCAGUCGUGGCCGGCUUGCUUCUGGACGCACAUUACUCUACCGAGCAAUCCAUGAUCCUGGGACAUGCCGCCUUGGGUUGCCACAAACCCAAUGGCAUCUCCCUGGGCAUCUUUGGUAGUCAUCUUACUUAUUCCUGGCCACGCUUCCUCGAGGAAGUCCCUGCCUGCCUGACAGAUACGACACUCACGGGUGAUACCGUCGGCAACGACAACGGUGAAUGCGACACCAUGCGCGGCGCGUGUUUUGUCGGCCAAGGGGCUUUUCUGCACGAGGUCGGUCAUGCUUUCGGCGCCGGACAUACGACGGGGAUCAUGGCGAGAGGGUACAGCCAAACAUGGGCGAUGAACUUCAUGGCACACGAGACAAACGGCACGAUGGAAAACGAUGCUAAGUGGGAUCUGCAAGAUGCGCUCAAGUUCAAGUUGCAGCCGCACUUCGCACUUCCUGGCGAUGAACCCAUGUCAAAGGACCUUCGCGUUGCUAGCGUCAAAUUUGAUGUUGACUUCGGCUUGAAUGACCAAGAUGUUAUGAAUAUAGAGGGGGAGCAGCCCAAGGAGAGCCUCAAGGUGUCUUGUAAGGCAGGCCUCGCGCAAGUGAAAAUUGAGAACGGGACAAACGAUCCCGUUAUCCAUGAUUUUAUAGGGGAUGCCUAUCACAAGGGUGCUUGUACACUUCUCUCCAUCGAUAAUGUUCAGGACGAGUUCGAUCACAAUGAACCGGUGAAAAUCACUGCCAUCGGUGUGAAUGGGAAGGUAGGCGUCGUCAAGGAUUUGUGGGCGAUGCUCAAAGAGAGGCCCUAUAUCAUGAUCCCGGGCAGCAAUGUCACUCUUCGCAAACAAUCCAUUCGGUCUGGGGAUUUUGCUGCAAACAGCAAUGAGGACAAGUUUAUCAAAUGGGCUAUGCUCCUUCACCGCCGCGGCCAAGAUGGCAAAUUGCAUCGUGCGACCUCGAUCGACCUUCGGGUGGGAUGUACUAUGGAUGGGGCAAUCGUGUACUACGCUGAUGGGUCGCAAUCGAAUUGUGGUCCCGGCCAUCCUCAUCGAUUUGGUGGACACGCGUCAGAACGCCAUGAGAUCCCCGUCGGGGAGACCAUCACCAAAGUCAGGAUAUGCCGGAAUGAUGACGGAUGGGGGAGCUUGUCAGGCGUCCGAAUGGCUCUGAGCAAUGGAGAUGAGUGGGGUCAUCUCAACCGCUAUGACGGCGACAGCGACAGUGACGAUGAGGAGGAUGGGGAGGAUGGGGAAGACGAUGAGUCGGUUUUGACUCUCGAGCCAGCCGAGGAUGAGGUCGUUGUCGGCUUUUACGGCCAGAGUGACUCGACUCGUGGUUACACCUUCGAGUUCGGAAUUUUGACAGCUCCUCUGGGGGUGGAUCUGCCAGAGAACGUUUAUGAUUUGCCGGAAUUCAGGAAUAACGAAUGA